UCGAAAUUCGAACCGUAAUUAGCCUUUGUUUUUCUCGGAAUCUAAAAGGAAAAAAAAAAUAGAGAGAAAAAAAAGGAGGAACAGUGAGCAAAAUCGUGCGACUGGGAAAAUUUUCGAAUUUUUCUUCUCUUCCGGCGAGGGAUUCAAACUUCCGCCUCCAAUUUCUCGCCGUGAAUCUGAGUUUUCUUCGUGGAAUUUCAAUAAAAUCAGUCGUCAUUCUCCGGCUUCUUGACUCUCGAGAGGUUUAUCUACAAGCUUCUUCUCCUCAUGGCCUUUUAGGGUCUUCUCACUACUAUAAUUCUGGGAAUCGCGUAACCUCUGAGUUGAAAUGAGCAGUCAUCUGGGACAGGACGCCAAUAUGAAUGGGGUCUAUGUUCGAUCAGAUGUGUCUAGCAUGCUGAGUUUUGACGGAUCAGAUAGUCGUGAAAGCGAUGAUAGUAAGAAAGGUCAUCAGAGUUUGGUGGAGUGGUUAAAUGAGACACUUCCUUAUCUGAAGUUACCAUGGGAAGCUUCAGAGGACGAACUGAGAGCAUGCUUGAGGGAUGGAACGGUCUUGUGUAGCCUUUUAAAUCAGCUUAGUCCUGGGUCAAUGAGAAUGGGAGGCAGCUUUGAGCCUGCUAGUGUAAAAAUUGAGCGGUUUCUGACUGCUAUGGAUGAAAUGGCCCUGCCUAGGUUCGAAGUUUCAGACAUAGAACAGGGAGAUAUGGUGCCAGUUUUACAGUCCCUUAAGGCGCUUAAAGCAAGUUUUUCCGAUGGUAGUUAUGAUAAGAACUCCCUAGCUGCAAGGAGGAGGUGGAGCUUGCCAGAGGACCACUCAGAUUCAAGAGGAGAUGACCGCAACUUUACUGAUGGAUUCCAGUCGAAGGAAGGAUCUGAGAUUGAUAUAUCUGAUGCUAAAAUUUCGGAAUUACUUAAAUCAAACAGUUUACGAAAUGCUCCUACUAGGUCACUGUUUGACAUGCUGGACAAGCUUCUAGAUAAGAGUAUGACGAAGAUGAAUGGACAUGUGUCUCAUGCUAUGGCAUCUCUCUUGAGCGCACUUGUGCAAGUGAUUGAACAGAGAAUCUCAAAUCAAGCUGAUAACCUAAAGAAUCAAAAUAUACUCUUUCGGGUACGUGAAGAAAAAUACAGGUCAAGAAUAAAGGUCUUAGAAACCUUGGCAGCUGGGACAACACAGGAAAACGAGAUUGUUACGAACUGUAUGGAGCAUAUAAAGGUAAUUGAUAUUAAUAUACAUCUCCUUCAUACAUAUUUCGCUUUUAGUUUUGUUCUUGCAUCUGGAAAAGUUAGUUUACAUUAAGCACAAUAGUUUUGUGCAUAUUCCCUGUGGAAUAUAACCUCUAAACCAAUCCUAGAUUUCGAUAAAGGUUCAGUCUGAGAGAUCCUAUCAUAAAACUAUUGUGUGUACGCCUCGGACUUAAUAACGCGACUUCAUACAUCAUUUUUCAUU